GCCCCGCCGCGGGACGCUCUGGCGCGGCCGCCUCGGUGGUGCGGUGACCUUCGCUCUCUGCCCCCGUGACCUUGGGGGAGCGGAAGCGGCCGCGGGGACAUGGCCAAGUACCUGGCGCAGAUCAUCCUGGUGGGGGCCCAGGUGGUCGGACGGGCCUUCGCGCGGGCGCUGCGCCAGGAGUUCGCAGCGAGCCGAGCUGCAGCAGACGCGCGGGGGCGCUCAGAGAGGCCCCAGUCUGCUGCUGCCUCCAGAAUCACCGGCAUCAGCCUCCAGGAAGCCCAACAGAUCCUCAACGUUUCUAACCUCAAUGCGGAGGAAAUUCAGAAGAACUACGACCACUUGUUCAAGGUGAAUGACAAGUCGGUGGGAGGCUCCUUCUAUUUGCAGUCAAAGGUGGUGAGGGCCAAGGAGCGGCUGGAUGAAGAGCUCCGCAUCCAGGCUCAGAGCGAGAAGGAGAAGGGCUGGAAGGCCGAGACGUGACUCCUGCCAUCCCUGUCCCCCGCUUCCCGCACCCAUAAGUUAUAGCUAGCCAAUAAAUGUCACGUCCUCCAGCA